UAUGAGUCUUUGAGCGAUUUAAACGAUAAUUGGCCAAUAGGGGACCAUGUGUUCUGCUUUUCAGAUGAAGACGAAGCUUUAUAGUAGUAGAAGAAGACAAUGUCUUGUCUUCUAAGUGGUGGUGUGGAUCAUGGUUGUUUCUCUCCUCUAAAUCUUUCUCAUUUCGUCUUAAAAGCUUCUGGGUACAUGGCAAGUUUGCACCUUGGGGCUGCUGCUUUGUUAAUCAAUGAGGUCGUGUUCGGCUCCUCCUUGAUUGGUUUCAGAAGUAAACGGUUUAAACGAGUUUCAGAGAGAUGGAGGUUUCGUGUUCAACAGAUGUCAGAGAAGGAACUGAGGACUAAACACGAACUGGCUCGUUCUGCUAAAAGAAGCGAGUCUUUGAGACGUAUUCUGAAGCAAUAUGGAGUAUCAGUUGAACAUUCUGAAGAAACUAAGACAAUUAGUAGACUUGAUGACAUAAAUUUUGAAGAGGAGCAUGACGCUGUUGUUCCUUCUUCUGUUAUAGAUGACUCUAAGAUGAACACAACUGAGGAGUUACCUGAUUUACGUCGGCAAGAGAAAUACAGUGAGACUGUUAGCACUGCAGAGAAUCUUUCAGGACGAGACCAACACAAAUUGGGACAUUUAAACUCAGGUGUUUUGUUCACUUCUCUGCUUCCUGUUCUUGGAUUGUGCAUCGUCUGCAUAAUUGGGACGCUACACACAAUAAUCUCCAGAAAAACAUCAAAAGGUCAUCCCCCCCCUGGCUCCAAAGGAACAAGGUGGAGAACUGCAUUGAGUGAUAGGAACGAGCCACUUGCUUCUGAUGAAAAUGAUUCGUCGCCAGAAGACAGUGCCGCUCCAGCGAAUCAGGAAGCUACGGAUGAAAUGAAUGAAGCGUAUAGCAGAGUCGAGCUCGAGUACAAGAGAUUUCUGUUGGAAUGUGGAGUGAGUGAAUCUUAGAUUCUGGUCUCUUGGAGGUUCAAGUAAAUCAUGAGAAACCAUGGCUGCUUCUAACACUCGAAGAACUUUUUGUUUGGUGGUUUGCACAUACUGUUAUACCAAUGAAAUCAUUUAUUAGAUAUGAGUAUGUAAAUUGUGAAUAUAAAGGGUUUAAUGGGAUUUGAAUUGGAUA